ACAAAAGUUGCCAUGAAACAAAAGAACAACUGCAGCAAGUGCAACAGCGCCAGCUGCAACAACAGCACGAUCAGCAGCUGGAGCACGGAGGAUCUGUGCGCCUUCUGCCUGGAUCACAUACAUGAUCCGGUGCAGCUGCCAUGUUGCAUGCAUCAAUUUUGCCGCAGCUGCCUGCGGCUGUAUCGUGAGGCGCGCAGCUGGCAGGCCAAACGUUGUCCGCUUUGUCGGCGCAGUCUCGAGGCGUUCCAGACGCUGGACCCAAACGAAGCGCACUUAAAGCGCCUGCAUAGCUGGCGUCUUACAUUCGUGCUGUUGCUGGGAUUAAUGCUGUUCAGUUUGGGACCAUUCUUUUUGCUGCUGAUCUACUGGUAAAUGCCGCACAGCGGGCGCAGCAUGCAAGUCAAACACCCAGCUCUGUUUCACAUACAGAAACACACACACACACACACGCUAACAUUAGCUGCGACUAUAUAUACAUAUAUGUGUGUAUAACGUUAUUGAUAUAUGUAUUUAUGUUUAUAUGUGUAGUCAGUGGCAUAAAAAAAGUCCGGUCAUAUCUCAAACCCUUUGUUCGGUUGAGUCCAAUAAACCCGUAUAUUAACUAGUUGCAUUUCG